UUACAAGAGGGGCGUGGCACACACAUGCAUUCACAUGCUCAACCAGGAAGCGACCGGUUGAGUGGCCAUUGAAUUGAAGUGGUCUAGUUAUUUUUUGUCUCAAGUGCGUUUGGUGUUUUUAUCAGAGGCUGAUUUCUCCAUCCAUGAGAGGAAACAACAGUGCCUUCGGCAAAAUUGGACAAACUUUUAUGGAGUUUUUGAAGGGGAGCUGUGGCGAUUGGUGCCUAGCGCAGCACUGCUGAACUUCUGCUCGUUAUAAUAAUCACUCCCUUCUCAACUGGAAACGAAAACAUCGGACAACGAAAACCCACCCACGUUAUUGCACUCUUGACCAGUCACUCGUCUGUGUGUGCAAAAUUAGGAGUUAAUAUACUCAUUCAGUGUAGAGCUGAGUUGCUCUUCACAAAAUUAUUAGGAGGCAUUCUACGCAAAACUUUUAUCUCUCACGUAUAUACAUUGUCAGUGUGAGCUUUUCUAUUCUGUUUUAAGCUGCUUGCUGACUUGCUGGAAUGUAGGCUUUUAGUGUAGUCUUAUUUCACACUCAGAUUUAUUGUCAAAAGUACAAAGUUAUUUAUUUAUUUAUUAUAAUUAUACAGUCUUUUCUUUCUCUCUUUUAUAUUCGCUGUGUGUUAGCUAGUUGACAUGACAGCCAACAACCAUCGUAGUAGACCCACUCAGCCCGGGGCCCCGGCGCUUAUUGAGCACGAUACUCUCAAGUUUCUCAUCGUCAAUAAUCCAGCUCAAGCCACUCUACCACAGUUUGUGAAGGAGUUGAAGAAGAACAAUGUGAAGGUUGUGGUGAGAUGCUGUGAGCCCACCUACAGUACAGAGUCCCUCACUGAAGAAGGCAUUGAUCUCAUGGAAUGUGAAUUUGCUGACGGUGCUGCUCCCCCCUCGAGUGUAGUGAGUCAAUGGCUGGAGUUAGUUGAGGAGACAUUCAAGAAGGAGCCCACUGGGUGCAUUGCUGUCCAUUGUGUGGCGGGACUGGGCAGGGCCCCCGUGUUGGUGGCCAUAGCUCUCAUUGAACACGGGAUGAAGUAUCAUGCCGCUGUGGAGUACAUCAGACAGAAACGAAGAGGGGCAAUCAAUAAGAAACAGAUCGAGUUCCUUGAGAGCUACAAGCCCAAUAACAAGAAGUGCUCCGUGAUGUAGCCACUGACUGGGGCACACGCACACACACACACCAUACAACUACUAGCAGCUGCCUCUAUAUAUAGGAUCAUGCAUAGCAACAAAGUGAACACCUCAACCUAUAAUUAUGUUAUUAUGAUGGACAUGUGCUGUUGUAUUUAUUUGUAGUAGAGAGUUCGUAUACUUUCCAUGUGUGUGUAGCAUGCAUGGAAGCACUGGCUGGUAGCUAGCUUGGAAGGAAUUUUGUUAUGUUAUAUAUAACUGUGAAACAGUUUUUGUGCCAGUGUGACUGAAUGAUAAUGAAUUUUCAAUGACACUUAA